CACACACACACACGUGCAGCAUAUCUGCGUUGGAACCAUCAGCUUAAGCUCGAGCUCUUUCGCUCGGCUGAUAGUAAAGACACACUCACUUUCUCCAAUACACACACUUUCUCCGACACACACUUUCUCUAACACACACACAAACCCACACACACUGGUGUGACUGGUGAGCGCGCGCAGGUCUCGGCACUUCACCAUGGAUCCCGUCUCGUGCGCUACCGCCGCGGCCACUGAGAGCUCCGACAAGCCGCGCGCGCUGAAGGCUCCGCGCCUCGCGCUGCUCGUCCCCGCCGCCUGUCUCGCGCUGGCCGCGGGCGCUGUGGCGCUCAGCCUCCUGCAGAGCUUCAAAGCGCGCGAGAUGGAGAGCAGGCUGCUCGCGCUGGAGACGGAGAGCGCAGCGUGGGCACGCACACGGGAGAGCACCGCGCGAGACCCCCGAGUACCCGCUCACGAGGACCGGGGGGUCCCGGGACAGGAGGCGCUGACAGAGGAGCUGCGCGAGUUGGUGGAAACAAUUGUGCAAGAAAGGCUGAGUGAAGUGAUGCCGAAAGUGCGGAUUGCGAGAGACAUGACCCAGGACUGCAACUGCCCCCCAGGUCCUCCAGGAAAGCGUGGCCGGAUGGGCAGAAGAGGAGAUCCUGGACCCCCAGGCAAAGCUGGACGAGACGGUUAUCCGGGACCUCUUGGCUUGGACGGUAAACCUGGUUCUCCUGGGCCUAAAGGAAGUCAGGGACUCUCUGGACCAAAGGGAGAUAAGGGUGAUCCAGGGGAAGCUGGGCCAAGGAUGGUCUAUCCUCGCUAUGACCACGGCUUCAUCUCUGCUGACCAGCCCACCUUCCAGAGACGUAUGCUGAAGGGUGACCAAGGACAGGCUGGUCCACCCGGCCCACCUGGACCGCCGGGCGCACCAGGAGCAAGAGGCCCUCCUGGGAAUACUGGGAAGGAUGGACCCCGUGGCCCCCCUGGAGAGCAAGGUUCUCCUGGUCGUGAUGGAUUGGAGGGACCCAGAGGCUUACCAGGAGAUCCAGGUGAAGACGGUCCGCUCGGUUAUCCAGGCCCUCAGGGACCUCCCGGGUCUAAGGGAGAACAGGGUGAUCCAGGAUUUAAAGGUGAAAGAGGAAUGGACGGCUUUCCUGGGCUGAAGGGUGAUAAAGGAGAUGCUGGAGAAAGUGGACUGCAGGGUGAAAUGGGUCCUCCUGGUGAGAAAGGUGCACCGGGCUCCAGUGAUGUCAUGGCCUUCAAUGACAAGCUUCUAGAUGCUUUUCAGGGACCCCCUGGUCCUCCAGGACUUCCAGGACCACCUGGAAAGGAUGGUCACAAGGGAGAACUGGGACUUCCUGGACCUGCUGGACUUGACGGCGAGAGGGGGGAGAAAGGCGAGGUGGGAGACCCAGGCACUCCAGGAGAGAGAGGAGAGAAAGGAGAGAUGGGGCUGUCCGGUCCAGCUGGAAUGGACGGGCCGAAAGGAGAGAAGGGAGACAGCUGGCUGGAGGACAAUAUGGUUCAAAUGAUUUCUCAGCCAGGACCACCAGGACCGCCAGGUCCCAGAGGACCCCCUGGAUUUAUGGGUCACCAUGGAAUGCCUGGUCCAAAAGGAGAUCCAGGAGAGAGCAUCAGAGGAGAGAAGGGAGAUACUGGGGCUCCAGGAACCCAGGGUCUGCAUGGUCCUCAGGGACCCACGGGUCCAGCAGGGUUGGUUGGUCUUCCUGGCUCUAAAGGUGAAAAGGGAAAGCAGGGAGAGCCUGGGUUAGAUGGUUUUCCUGGGCUUGUAGGAGAUAAAGGAGAAAUGGGAGAGAAAGGAGACAAGGGUGACCGUGGCUCUGUGGGGAAGAGAGGGCUGAAGGGGCAGAAAGGAGAGCAGGGUCCACCGGGGUUAGACCAGCCCUGUCCUGUGGGUUCUGCUGGAUGUAAAGGUCAGUCGGGGGAGAGAGGGCAGUCUGGGCCCGAGACUCCCUGCCCACUGGGUCCAGAUGGUCUUCCCAUAGCAGGCUGUUGGCACAAGGACGAAGGGAUGAUCCAGAAACUCAAACGAAAGCGUCUUUCCCAACCGUAAACCGCCAGCCAGCGGAGGAGUAAAGCGCCCAAUCAGCUGCAGCUUCACCACAGGACCUGGAGACUGGUACACUGGCCCUGCACCCGUCAGCAGGACAUACUGGGAUCUCAUUCAUCACGAUCGUCCACAUUUUCCGCUGAGGAAGUUUGACGCUAGCUGUUGGCGAGCUGUGGAAAGAUGGCUGACGUGAGAUCGCCACGUUUGCGAGAGUUGACAGUUUGUAAAAGUGUCGUAAGAUUGUCUGGCAUGGGAUUUCCGUUUCUAUUGAAGAGCUCAUUUGUAAGAUUUCUGAUGUUGUCUCAUGUACACUUUUCUUUUAUUCUCCCUCUGAUUAAGCAAAACACAGUUUAGGGCAGAUUUAUUUUUGAGUCACUCUGGAUGUAUUUUUGUAGUUGUUCAAAUUGUUGAUAUUAAUGGCCAUGUUUUAAUAACUGAGGGAGAUAAGUGUGAUCAUGUAUUUUUACUAUUUUGAGUAGAAUACACUCUUAAAAAUAAAGGUACUUCAAAAGGUUCUUUGAGUAAUGCCAUUGAGGAACCAACUGUACCAGGUUUGUGAUUGACAUGUAAAAAAUUAGGUAAAACAUAAAAGAUAAUUUUGUAAAGAACAUUUAGAUUGUCUUCUUCUUGUAUAUGAAUGUACUACACCAUGAACAAUUACUAUUGGCAGCAUUAUAACUACUACUCAUUUGAAGUUUUAAUUUUUAAGUUUUAAUGUUUAUUUGUAAUUUGUACAUCAUGAAAGGACCUGUUGUUUGUGUAUUGGAAUACUCUAUAGCAGGGUUACAUCUCAAAUAUACAAAACUAAAUAAACUAAAUUAAUUGGAAAAAAAAUCUGAAAUAUACAGAAAUAAAACAGAAAAAAUAGAAAAAAAUACAGCUCUGGAAAAAAAUAAGAGAUCACUUCAGUUUCUGAACCAGUUUCUCUGAUUUUGCUAUUUAAAGGUAUAUGUUUGAGUAAAAUAAACAUUGUUCAUUGUUUAUGCUAUAAACUAUGGACAACAUUUCUCCCAAAUAAACAUAUUGUCAUUUAGAGCAUUUAUUUGUAGAAAAUGAGAAAUGGCUGGAGCAACAAAAAGAGGCAGAGCUUUCAGACUUCAAAUAAUGCAAAAAAAAAACAAGUUCACAUUCAUAACGUUUUAAGAGUUCAGAAAUCAAUAUUUGAUGAAAAAACCCUGUUUUUUAAUCACAGUUUUCAUGUAUCUUAAAAUAUCUAGAAAUUGGCUGAUACUGGUGAAAAAAAAAACAAUUACAGGCCAAUACCGUUACAAUUAUAUGGUUCUUCUAUGGCAUCACUGGAAAGUCCUUUUAAUAUGUUUAUUUUUAGGCGUGUUGAACUAGACUGUAUUAUAUUUGAUUACAAUACUUUUAUUGUUUUUGUAUGAUGACUACCUGUCUUUUUAUUAAAAUUUUCUCUUUUUGCUACACUACCAGUCACAAGUAUAAACACACCUGCUCAAAGACUAAAGAAUCAAACAUGUAGUUACAGUAUGUGCUCACUGAAAUAUUCAAUAUACUCAAACAAUAUAUAUAUAUAUAUAUAUAUAUAUAUAUAUAUAUAUAUAUAUAUAUAUAUAUAUAUAUAUAUAUAUAUAUAUUCAUCAAAUUUAUAUAGAAAAUGAUUGGUCAAAAUCACCCUGGUCAAAAUAAUACACAUGGAAUUAAGAAGUAACUAAAAUGAAGAAUUACAGUAAUUUGCAAAUGAUUGUUUAUUGCUGAACUUACCACAGUUAGAGCAGAUUUGUAUACUUAUUUACAGUCAUUUUAAAAUCUAAACCUGUUUAAAUUUAUUCAGAGGUGCACAAACUCUAUUGCAUGUUACUUGCGUAUGUUCUCUUCACACUUGCUCUACUUCUUAAAUAUUAUAUAUACUGUACUUCAUUAUUAAUAUUAUUAUUACAGAUUUUCAAAGCUGUGUGAAUAUUGCAUGUAGAACGGACAAACAAAAUGGUCCAAUAUUUAACAAAUCUUGCAAUAAAAAAUGAAUUGAUAAUAAGUUAGUAUGAAUUUGAACUAGUUACAAUAAAACAGAAUUUAUUUUAUGUUACUUUUUGUUACAUAAUAUAUAUUAAAUUAUGGUGGUUAUGUUACUUUUUAUAUAUAUCAAGUUCAUAUAUAAACUUGUAUUAAACUAACUGGUAACACUUUAAAAUAAGAGUACAGAAAUUAACAGUACAUAAAACAAUAAUAAUCAUUGUUAAAUGGUGAAAUAAUGUCCCAACUUAUUAACUGACAGUAAACAUUACGAAAAUAAAAAAAAAUUAAGAAUGUUGAAAAUAAUGUUAAUUAAAAAGGAAACUUUUGUAAUGAUUAAUAAUGUAUAUGUUAAUUAAUAUACCCUUAUUAUAAAGUGUUACAAACUUAAAUAUACUUAUUUAAAGUAUAUUUUACUUCCUUUUAAAGAUGAACUCAUAUUAAAUAUAGUUUUUGAUUUUGCAGAUACAGUAUAAAGAUCUUUUGCCAAUUGUGGCUACCUGAAAACUAUGGGGCUAAUUUUUUUUACUCAUUUGUUAUCAAUACAUUUUCAGGUUUUUAGCCUUUAAUCAUAAAAACAAUCAUAAAAAAAUCUAUUAUUAAUAAAAAAAAACUAAAAAAUAAUCAAUCAGGUGUGUGUGCACUUCUGACUGCUGGUGUAUAUUAAAUGUACACUAUUGCUUUUAGGGUAGUAAUAUUUAAGAUGUUACCUGUCACAGUAUAAACUUCCAGUGCCUUGAUGACAAAUAUCUUUUAAAAGCCUCCGGUUUAAAGGUUUACAUACAGUGUUGGGAAAACUCUACUGGUUGAGUUCCGGUGCUCGACUUCCCUGAACAUAAAGUGUAAAUAAGUCUUUGCAGCUCGGAGGAAACGCAAGCAUCCAACUAACCUCCCACUUAUUCACGUAUUAUUCAUACCGGCAUAAGAGCACAUACUGUAUGUAUGACUGAAUUUCUACAUAGUUGUGAUAUUUGCUAUUGAUGUGAGAUUUCCUAUUCAUUUUACAUCUCAUAUAAACCAAUGAAGAAUGUAUACAAGCCAUAUAUUAUCCUUUAACAGACAAUAACUUUCCAUAAACAACGUGAGUGAUGUUUAAAUGGAUUAUCACAGAACACUUAGAAGUAUGAUGAAAUUCCUCACUGUAAAGCUGUUCUUUUUCCUCAGCUUUGUUUUUUUUUUUUUUUUUUUGAUUAAGAAUGAGAAUUUAUUUUUUAUGGUAAGAUUUUGAGGCGUGAUGCUGCUGAAUCAGUGUUUGUAUUUAUGGUUGAGGUUUAUAUGAGAGGUGAGAAUAACUGUUUUAGCAGCUGCUCGUUAUUAACUCUGUGAUUAGUUAGCUCUUUAUGAUAUGUGUUUUAUAAAAUAAAUGUAUAGUUUGUAAAAAUGAA